AUGUCGUCGAUAGAACAGAUAGUUCCAGAGAAGACUACGCGGCACAAUGAGGAAGGCACUGGACAAAAGUUGGACGUUGAAGUCACGAGCUCGCACCUUGUUUGCUUCAACAGGUCGGACGACCCAUUAGACCCGCAGAAUUGGCCCGCACGCAAGAAAUGUAACCUUGCCACGUUGAUGUGCGCGCCUGCGGCUCCUGUGAUUCUGGAGGAAUUCUCCUCAGCAAACCGGCUUUAUGAAGUCCUGCAAGUGUCCAUCUGGGAGCUCGGUGAGGCGUUCGGACCUCUUCUCAUAGCACCUCUCUCUGAAAUGUAUGGCAGAGCGCCUAUCUAUCACGCUGCUAAUGUUCUAUUUUGCAUAUUCUCUGUUGCUAGUGCAUUAAGCAGCAGCUUGAGUAUGCUCAUUACAUUCCGAUUCUUCAACGGGAUUGCAGUAGCGUCGGUUGUGCUGAACCCGUCGAUCGUCGGCGAUAUCUUCAUCACAGAAGAGCGAGGGGGUGCAAUGUCCAUAUUGACUGUUCUACCUCUCCUUGGGCCUUGCAUAGGUCCUGUUAUAGGAGGAUACGUUACUCAGUCGAUCGGGUGGCGGUGGUUAUUCUGGCUUGCUGCCGUAUUCGCAGGUGUCGUCGAGAUUGCAUUUGCGUUCUUCUUUUGCGAAACGUACAAAGUACAAAUAUUGAGACGCAAAGCUAGGCUGCUGCGUAAGCAGACUGGUGAUCCCAUGUACCGGUCAGAGCACGAUGUGGUCUUCGACCUAGCAACCUUUCUGACCACGUCCAUCAUAAGGCCUGUUCGAAUGACGAUCUUGUCGCCGAUCAUUUUCUUGCUGUCGCUUUACGUUGCUGUGGUUUUUGCGUACACUUACAUUCUCUUCACAACCCUAACAAAGGUCUUCGGGGACAAUUACCAAUUCUCUACGAGCUCAGCCAGCUUGACCUUUUUAGGGCUCGGUAAGAUCUACUUGGCAUGUGUUGAAGCUGUUGCUGAACAAUUUGAGCUGACCACAAAUCAGGUGUCGGCUUUGUAA